CUUCGCCAUUUUGUGCUGCUGCGCCGGGUAUUUAUCUGUAGAGUCGUGACUAUCCCGUUUACAUUGGUAGUUAGGUGGUCACACGAUCCCCGCAUUCUCGGCCUUUAUCUGCUCUGUGGCCUUUGAUAGCUUAAAGACUUCACAGCUUCUAGUUUUAUAUUUAGUUUAUUUUUAUAUUCUAUAAGGCAGGAUGUCGGCAGAAAGCCCUGAAUACUCUCCGUUCUUCGCAGUGAUGGGUGCCUCUGCGGCGAUGGUUUUCAGCGCCUUGGGAGCAGCCUAUGGAACAGCCAAAAGUGGUACAGGCAUCGCAGCCAUGUCGGUCAUGAGGCCAGAGCUCAUCAUGAAGUCCAUCAUCCCUGUGGUCAUGGCGGGUAUCAUAGCCAUCUACGGCCUGGUAGUAGCAGUGCUGAUUGCCAACAACAUUUCAGAGAAGGUCUCCCUCUACAGGAGUUUCCUUCACCUGGGAGCUGGACUGAGUGUAGGCCUGAGCGGGCUGGCAGCAGGGUUUGCCAUUGGCAUUGUGGGAGAUGCCGGAGUAAGAGGCACAGCUCAACAGCCAAGGCUAUUCGUGGGCAUGAUCCUUAUCCUUAUUUUUGCUGAGGUCUUGGGGCUCUAUGGUUUAAUUGUUGCUCUAAUUCUCUCUACGAAGUAAACGCCCAUACAUCUCCAUUACAAGAUCUGUCCUUUAUGUUGCUGCUGGAGAAGGUAUAAAACAGGGGAAAAAAAUGUAAAUUUCUGCCACACAGAUGAAAGGCAAGGGGGGGACUUAUUAAAAUGGAUCCAUGAAUAUGAUCUUAUAUCAACAAUGUGUACAGUUGUCCCAGUUUGAUAGUCAACUUGUAAAUGCGCAAUGUAGUGAUUUGUCUGUAUUGUGUGCGUGUGUUUCAAAAAGUUGUAUGAUUUGUUCUCCCUCCACUUAUUUCAGGCCUGGAGGCUGGCUGAAGCAGCUCAGCCUCUGGUCUAUGAAAGCUGACCAAAGGGCCACAAAGCUUUUAUUUCUCUCAUAUCAUUGUGGGAGUUGACACAGUUUCUGCAUUUAAUCUUAAGGAUCUGUUUGUAAAGAGAAAUGUGUAUGGACUUAUGGAUUUUUUCCACUGAUUUUAUUUAUAAUAAAUUGUUAAUUGAACUUUAAUCCAAGGAUAUAAUAUACAUAUAUACAGACAUAAAUAUCUAUAUAGAUAGAUUUAUGCACUGUGGGUUAAUUGUGAUAAGUGGUUGGAUUCCUCUGGAUGUAACUUAAUAAUUAAGAUUGCCUUUAGUAUGUUUCUGGUGGAGUGGGAGUUGUGUGUAGCUGUAUUCUAAUCAUGAUGCGACAUUCUCAAACCUCAGUGUGUUCCUGUAGUACUGCUGUUUGCAUUAAAGGUGUGUGCCCAGUAGUGGGUGUCACAGAUGUAAUUUCCAAAUUCAUCUCCUUUUCACCCUCCCUCCCUCCCUCCCAUAUCCAACUAUUUGUGGCUGUAACUCAUCUCAACAUUCCAGCCAUUCAAAUCAUGCAUGCUUUUGUAUAUUGUGCUCACAAGCAGGCCAUUUUGUGACAUUGUAUUCCAGAUCAAACAUCUGUAUGCAUUGAUUGGCUGGAAAUGGCUCAUACAUCCGGUAGCAAAUAGAAAUCAUAGGAUGUGUUUUGGCCUGGCCUAGUUUAUCAAAGGAACUGAUCUGAUUUGAUCUGGAAUAUGUUUUCUUAAAAUAGCACAGCUUUUGGCGCCUUUACUGAAACACCAAUCUACAAUCCUGUAUUAACACUGGUAUUAAAACUUAUCCUGAUGUGUCAACAUGAAUGUUUUCACAAUCAAAUUAAAGAAGAUUUCAACAUA